ACUUGAUCUAAAAUCUUUUGGUGUGUUAUAUAAAUGAGCAUCUUCAACAAGGAAGCUACAGAACAACACUUCUCUUCUGUUUUAACCAAAUGGGAUUCCUUUCUUCUCCUUUGCCUUCACAAACACAUGAAGAACCUGAUUUUUCUAACCACCUUCACUCCGAUUCCUCGAGCAGCUCCAUCUCCUCUGAGUCGAGUUUACCAUCAGUUCCUUCCCUAAACUCAGUCUCAAAAGAUAUUCCCAACAUCAAUCACCAAUGUAUUGCCACCUUAAAGGGUCACCCUUCAUAUGUGUUUUCUCUUGUCCUCUCUGGAAAAUACCUCUAUAGUGGCUCUUCUAAUGGUGAGCUAUGCAUGUGGAGCCGAAGGCCUUCAAACCAGGAAGGGUCAGCAGAGAACGUUGUCUUCUCGUGCAAGAGUGCAGUUAAGUCCCUGGUAAUAUUAGGUGACAAGCUGUUCAGUGCUCACCAAGAUCACAAAAUUCGUGUGUGGAAAAUAGAAGACAGCACACCAUACAAGAAACACAAGUGCAUAGCCACAUUACCGACUAUAAAUGAUCGUGUAACAAGGCUCUUUCUAGCAAAAAACUACGUGGAGAUCAGGCGACACAAGAAGUGCACUUGGGUGCAUCAUGUGGACACUAUAUCAGCUCUGGCCUUAUCAAAAGAUGGUUCUUUUAUACACUCAGCUUCGUGGGAUCGAACAUUUAAAGUGUGGAGGACAUCAGAUUUUAAGUGCUUAGAGUCUGUGUGGAAUGCUCAUGAUGAUGCUAUAAAUGCCAUAGUAUUGUCUAACGAUGGAUUUGUUUAUACUGGUUCAGCUGAUAAGAAGAUUAAGGUAUGGAAGAAGAAAGAAGGAGAAAAGAAGCACAUUUUAGUUGAUGUUCUGGAGAAACACAAGUCAGCUGUCAAUGCCUUGGCACUUAGCCCUGAUGGAUCUGUGUUGUAUUCUGGUGCAUGUGAUCGGUCUAUCAUCGUAUGGGAGAAAACAUCCAGUGAUGGGAACAUGGCGGUGACUGGUGCACUUAGGGGACACACAAAGGCAAUUCUGUGCUUAGCAGUUGUAUCGGAUUUGGUAUGCAGUGGAUCAGCUGAUAAAACAGUAAGGAUUUGGAGAAAAGAAUUCGGAAAAACUUAUUCUUGUUUGGCAGUGUUGGAAGGACACAAAAGACCAGUUAAGUGUUUAACUGCAGCUGAGGAUAGCUGUAGUGCUGAUACUAGUUUAGCCAUUGGUAUGCCUUAUUUAGUAUACAGUGGCAGUUUAGAUUGUGAUGUAAUUAAGGUCUGGAAAAUAUGGGUUCCUUUCCUAUAAAAAGACAUAUUGGCCUUGCCUUUAAUUUGUCAUGUAUUGUUUUUGGGAGUUAAAUGAAACGGUUUUAUACUUUUCUACAGA